AUGGAAGUCCGAAAGUCAUAUAUUUUGGCAGCUAUCUUUAUUUUAUUACUCUGCACAGAAGCCAUCCUCGUUCAAUGUGAAGACAGUGGCAAAAGCAAUGGAAACAACAACAAGGGAAGCAACAACGGAGAUGAGAAAGGUAAUAAAGGCAACAAUGGAAACGAAAACAAUGGCAAUGGCAAUGACAACAGCAAAGGUGGCGAUGACAAUGGAAAUGAUUUUGAUGACUUGACAGCAUUAUCUUCCGGACAGGAACGACAAUUGUGCAAAGCAAAAGGAAAUUGCUACUACAAAACCCUCACUUGCCCGGCCGAAUGCCCUCAGAAAAAGCCUAAGCAGAAUAAGAAGCGUAAAGGUUGUUAUGUUGACUGCAACAGCAAAUGUGAAGCCGUUUGCAAGUGGAGAAAAGCAAACUGUGAUGGAUAUGGCUCUAUAUGCUAUGACCCUCGCUUCAUUGGCGGUGAUGGUGUGGUGUUCUAUUUCCAUGGAGACAAAGGAGGAAACUUUGCCAUCGUCUCCGACGAUAAUCUUCACAUCAACGCUCACUUCAUUGGCACUAGACCACAAGGAAGGACUCGUGACUACACAUGGGUACAAAGCCUUGCUGUGAUGUUCGAUACACACACUCUUGUCAUUUCUGCAAAGAGAGUCUCCCAUUGGGGUGACAAAGUUGAUGCUCUCUCUAUCAGAUGGGAUGGUGAUUCAGUUGAUCUUCCUCUUGAUGACGACGCUGAAUGGGAAACUAAUGCUGAGGGAAGAAAAGUUGAGAUUGAAAGAACUGAUGAUACUAAUAAUGUUAGAGUCAGUGUUGCAGGGCUACUUCAAAUGGACAUAAGGGUAAGGCCGAUUGGCAAGCAAGAAAAUAAAGUUCAUAACUAUCAGUUGCCGGAUGAUGAUGCUUUUGCUCAUUUGGAGACCCAGUUUAAGUUUAAGAAUCUGAGUGAUCUUGUUGAAGGAGUUUUGGGAAAAACUUACAGGCCUCACUAUGUGAGCCCUGUGAAAAGAGGAGUGCCGAUGCCGAUGAUGGGUGGAGAGGACAAGUAUCAAACUCCAUCGUUGUUUUCACCUCUUUGCAAGGUUUGCAGGUUCCAAAGGCCAUCUGGGGUUGCAUCAGUCUGAGAAGAUGAUCAUGACAAUAUUGAUAACAAGUACCAAAAAAAUAAAUUAUACAAUAAUGUUCUUGUUUCAUUGGUAAACCAAAA